AUGGAACAUACUUUUGGGAUUGAACCAGCAAACAUCAUUGUUAGAUCUACCUUGCAAGUUGAGCUUGAGCAAUUGAAUUUCAUCUCCAUUGUCCCAAUAGGGCAUGGUGAGAUCAUAGUUGAAGGUGUUCCUAAUAUUGACGAAGUACUUGCAAUGUAUGCGGCUCGGGCGGCUUGGUUUCUGAGGCUUGAGAAGACGAGGACUGUUGCUCCACUAAAAAUCCCUAAUCCUGUCGUUGGUGGGAUGGAAAAUUUGGGAAUGGGAAGGUGUGUUUGGAGGUGA